CGGAUUUUGAUUGCUUGAAUGAUUGUGGAUAUCAUCAUCCGAUCGUGGAGAUGAGAUGGGAGGGGCACGAGGGGCUUUUAUUUUCUCCACUCGUUCCUUGCCUUUCUUCGGUUCCUUUUCUAUCUUCCUCUCUUUCCUUUCAAUCCGCCUUUCCAAUUUACAGAGCUGCGAUUGACUAGCAGUUAUUUUACUUGAUUGGAGAAUAGUUUGUGGUAAUUGAGAAGACAAAGACAAAAUGGUUUACCCAGAUACAUUCAAGGGCUUCCAGAUCGAGGACCCGAAACACUGGACUGAGUUCAAGCUGAACGAGCUCAAGCCCAAGCCGUUCGGUGACUACGAUGUCGAUGUCAAGAUCCAGGCUUGUGGGGUUUGCGCGAGUGAUUUGCAUACUAUUUCUGGAGGGUGGGGGGAGCAGCAUUUCCCUCUGUGUGUUGGGCAUGAAAUUGUUGGAACGGCGCUCCGUGUUGGACCGAAAGUCACACUCAUCAAGCCUGGGGAGAGAGUCGGUGUUGGCGCGCAGAGCUACUCGUGUCUGAAGUGCAAGCAGUGCAAGAAUGACAAUGAGACGUACUGUGUGCAUCAGCUCGAUACUUACGGUGCCGUGUGGCCCGAUACGGGAAUCGUGAGCCAAGGAGGAUAUUCUACCCACGUUAGGACUCAUGAACACUGGGUUUUCCCCAUCCCCGCCGGCCUCGCAACCAACAAAGCAGCACCUAUGCUCUGCGCAGGCCUCACAGCCUACAGCCCUCUCGUGCGUAACGGCGCCGGGCCAGGAAAGAAAGUCGGCAUCGUCGGCAUGGGCGGGAUCGGACACUUCGGGCUGCUGUUCUCGAAGGCGCUUGGCGCUGAGACGUGGGUCAUCUCUCGCUCGCACUCGAAGGAGGCGGAUGCGAAGAAGAUGGGCGCUGAUGGCUUCCUUGCUACGGCGGACAAGGACUGGAAUGUACCGCACAAGAUGACGUUCGAUCUUAUUAUCAAUACGGCGAGCUCGACGGAGAACUUUGACCUUGCUGCGUAUUUGAGUCUGUUGGAUGUGCAUGGCAGGUGGAUUAGUGUGGGCUUGCCGGAGGGCAGUGGGCAGGAGGUUAGGGCGCAGGAUUUCCUAAGCAAUGGCUGCUUGAUUGGGGCGAGUCAUUUGGGAAGUCGGAAGGAGGUGCUGGCGAUGUUGAAGCUGGCGGAGGAGAAGGGCAUUGAGAGUUGGGUUGAGGAGGUCCCGAUUAGUGCUGAGGGACUGAAGACUGCGUUGACGAGGCUGCAUAAUAACGAUGUGAGGUAUCGGUUUACGUUGACGGAUUAUGACAAGUGCUUUGGAUCGGAUUAGGGUUGAGGAUCCGGGGAAGGUGCGGGGUUGAGCUGGGGAGUGAUGCAUGGAGUUGCAGGUCGGGCCGGUUGAGUGUGGGGAGAAAAGCAUAGUCUGAAUGCGAGCCGUUGACCAUGUGAACCUGAAGUUUUUUCAACAUACCUUUGAAGCUUAUGGUCAAGUUGUUGUCUUCGUCACUUGGACGGACGCAAGGAACGGACCGAAAGGAUGAUGUAACUUCGACUUUAGCUCAUUCGAGACGUUCUUUCUUCUAUCAUCUGAUCUCAAGAAAAGAACUAAACACAUCAACGUUGC